AUGACAAAGCUCAAUGAUGGAGUUUUCGAACUAUUAACUGCGCGAUUUUUUUCUGGGAUUACGUUUCCAAUUCAUCUAAUGGUGGGCUCGCCAAAAAAACAUUUAGAUGAUGCAGUCAUGCAAGAAGAACAAGAACAGGCUUGCUCGUCGAAAGAACAUUCAGAUGAUGCAGUCAUGCAAGAAGAACAAGAACAGGCUCGCUCGUCGAAAGAACAUUCAGAUACAGUCACGCAAGAUCAAGAAGAGGAUUGCUCGUCGAAUAAACAUUCUGAUGAUGCUGUAACGCAAGAAGAACAAGACCAGGUUUGCUCGUCGAAAGAACAUUCUGAUGAUGCAGUCAUGCAAGAAGAACAAGAACAGGCUUGCUCGUCGAAAGAACAUUCAGAUACAGUCACGCAAGAUCAAGAAGAUGAUUGCUUGUCGAAUAAACAUUCUGAUGAUGCUGUAACGCAAGAAGAACAAGAACAGGCUUGCUCGUCGAAAGAACAUUCUGAUGAUACAGUCAUGCAAGAACAAGAACAGGCUUGCUCGUCGAAAGGACAUUCUGAUGAUGCAGUCAUACAAGAAGAACAGGAACAGACUUGCUCGUCGAAAGAACAUUCAGAUACAGUCAUGCAAGAACAAGAACGGGCUUGCUCGUCGAAUAAACAAUCUGAUGAUGCUGUAACGCAAGAACAAGAACAGGCUUGCUCGUCAAAAGAACAUUUUGAUGAUGCAGUCAUACAAGAACGGGCCCUUCAACUUUCUAGAGAGAAGCAACAUUACAUGCGUUUGACAUCGUUCUUAAAAGUUGAUAAUUCGUUUCUUUCUCCGUGGAAUUGGGACCCUAGUGCCAAUGCAAAUACCAAUAGCAACGACACUUCAGGUAAUGUCAAUACCGAACCUAUUGAUACCAAUAACGAUGAUAAUGGAGAACAACAACUCAUGAAAUUUCAACCAGGUUCUUUCUUCAGUGAAGAGGGGCCAUGGUCGACAGUAAAAUAUUCUGAAUCUUCAAGUCGUAAAUUGUAA